AUGUUCGACAUAUUUGCCCACCUCCUAUCCUCCAUCGCAUCCUUUCUCUUCCCCCUCUUCGCCUCCUACAAGGCUCUCAAAACCUCCGACCCCGCCCAACUGACGCCAUGGCUCAUGUACUGGGUCGUUCUCGCUUGCGCGCUCCUCGUCGAGUCCUGGACUGAAUGGAUCCUUGUGUGGAUUCCCUUUUACGCCUACAUCCGCCUAUUCUUCCUCCUCUACCUCGUCCUCCCCCAGACUCAAGGCGCUCGCAUCAUUUACCAGACUCACGUCCACCCUUUCCUUCAAGACAACGAAGCGCAGAUUGAAGAGUUCAUCUCCGAAGCCCACGACCGCCUCAAGGCCGCCGGCAUCGCAUACCUCAAGCGCGCAAUCGAGGCGAUCAAGACGAACGUCCUCGGCCUUCCCCCGAGCGAACCCGAGCCCACCCCCCAACCAGCCGCCGCCUCCGCGCCACAGUCCUACACCCAGUCGCUACUUGCCCGGUUUAGCGUCCCGACCGCGCGCUGGACUCCUACGGCCCACACGGGCGCCGAUUUCUAUAACCUGUUGGCGGGUGCAGUCUCGGCGGCCACUGGCGCAGCCGGCGGUAACAGCUCACACCAGGACCUGACCAAGUCCGGCAGCCUGAUCCCGCCGGAGCUGCAGGGCGGCGAGCGCACAAGCUUCAUCGCCGCGCAGCGAGAGAGGCUCGCGUUCCUCCUCAAGGUACUCGAGCGGGAAGCCGCUGCUACAGAUUCCCACGGUGAAGCAUCGGGAAGAGCGGGUAGCCUGCAACUGGACGGCAACGAGGAGGAACUCACGCAGAGACCGGCGAGCGCACACAGCGGGCUGAGCAAGUCGCGUAGCGAGACGGAUUUCGAAAAGAUUGACGCCGAGAGCGGGGCCGAGGACCAGGACGAGGGCGACGGGACCGUCAGGCGGAGGCAGCCGGGUGGAUCAUCGUGGAUGCCGUGGGGAUGGGGCUCGACACCGACGGCCGAGAACCCAGAGGGUGGGUCCAGCUCUAGCGUGCAGAAGUAA